UGCGGCGUCCGUUUGUUGUAGAUGCGGCGAUGAUUACCACUCCUUCGCUUUUAUAGCCUCGCGUUCUCCUCUCUAUAUAACACAUCUUUCAAUAAUCUCUAUCGCCGGCGCUGCAAAUUCCCCUAUAAGAUUUCUCAAAGAAGACGAAGAAGAAGAAGAGAAUCAUCGGUUGUUGAAAAAGUAUUUUCAUUUCGUUGAAAGAGAAUUGCUUUGCGAUUUGAUUAUUCCUUCAUCUGAUCCCGUGAAAUUCUGUUUAAUCAGAUUCAGCAGAAGGAUGGUUAGCUGCUACCUUUAAUACUUUGGUGGAGGUUUGAGAAUUAACUAACUUUCGGUUAGAGAGAGCAAUUGUUUGAAGCAGCUGCCAGAUUUGGUUUUGAACGUUUUUAUUUGAGAAAUGGAUCGGUGCGAUACCUCAGGAUUUGUAAGCGGAGGUGGAGAUGCUUAUAAGGCUUUCUAACUCUCUUUCUCUCUCUCUCUUUCCCCCUGAAGUUUGUGCUGUUGGCUUCUUCCUCUUUGCUUUUGUUGUGUGACCGACCAACCGACCAUGCAUUCCAGAUUCCAAAACACUGCUUUUGCUGCUACCACCAAUUCAUUUAACAUCUUGGGCCGUUCCCUUCAAGUCCAAGAAGCAGAGGCUGCCACUGAUACUACUCUGCGUCUUGAUUCCCUUCCCUCCCCACUACCUAACUCAAAGGGUACUAAAAGGAAAUGGGGAUCAAUGUUUCAAGAAGCUGAUCCUUUGCUUUCCUUGAGACUCGGUCACUCCUCAAGCUCUUCUGAUACCAAAGGCAGCUCGCCAACUGCUUCCAUGACUUUAUCUUCUCCCAAAGAAAUCGAGGAGGCCUCCUCCAUGGAUCUUGACCUCGACUUUACCCUCCAUCUCGGCAACGAUAAGCCGGCUAGCGACAGAAUACCAGCCAACCUGAAAAUGAAAGGGACAACAUGUGAUCUGGAGUUGAGUCUCUCUGGUGGAGGAGGAGGGUCUUGUCAAUCUGAGAUCACUGCGGUCCAGCAGCAGCAGGCGAACCAAUAUCCAACUCUUGCGGACAUGUUACGUGCUACUAAUGAACGAUCCACAUCAUGUGGUGGCGGGAGACCAGGGUUUGCGUCAUCACCUGCAUUGCAAGCUUUAUCAAGCAAAGAAACAAGCUCCUUCCUAGCUCAUGCUCCUAAGAAGAUAAUCAUUCCUUCUGCUGCUCCUCAUGUUCUAGACCUGUCUUCAAGCUCGACAACAACAACAACAACGCCAUUAAGCUCCGGUGCAUUUACUUCCGGUUUAACUCAGCAGCUGAAGCCUCAUCAUAAGAGUUCUUCUUCUAGUUCCAAGUUGUGUCAAGUAGAAGGAUGUCAGAAGGGGGCAAGAGGCGCGUCAGGCCGUUGCAUUUCCCACGGUGGUGGACGUAGAUGCCAGAAACAUGGUUGCCACAAAGGAGCUGAAGGUCGAACUGUGUACUGUAAAGCCCAUGGAGGUGGGCGUAGAUGCGAUUUUCUAGGAUGCACCAAAAGCGCUGAAGGCCGUACUGACUUUUGUAUAGCACAUGGAGGUGGUCGAAGAUGCAGCCAUGAAGAUUGCACACGAGCUGCUAGAGGAAGGUCAGGGCUCUGUAUCAGGCAUGGUGGAGGAAAGAGAUGCCAAAGAGAGAACUGCACUAAAAGCGCUGAAGGGCUUUCGGGACUCUGCAUCUCUCAUGGAGGUGGUCGUCGAUGCCAGUCUAGUGGAUGCACGAAAGGAGCGCAAGGGAGCACUAUGUUCUGCAAAGCACAUGGUGGUGGUAAACGGUGCACACACUUUGGUUGCACGAAAGGCGCGGAAGGAAGCACGCCGUUCUGUAAAGGACAUGGAGGAGGUAAACGAUGUGCCUUUGGAGAAGGUGAUCCCUGCUCCAAGAGUGUUCAUGGAGGUACAAAUUUCUGUGUGGCUCAUGGAGGUGGUAAGAGAUGUGCGGUUCCUGAAUGCACAAAGAGCGCGAGAGGGAGGACUGAUUUCUGUGUCAGGCACGGUGGAGGAAAGAGGUGCAUGUCUGAAGGAUGUGGGAAAAGCGCGCAAGGUAGCACUGACUAUUGCAAGGCGCAUGGAGGAGGGAAGCGUUGUGCGUGGGGUCAUCCCGAGACCGAGUACGCGGGACAAUCUUCUUCUGGUCCUUGUAACUCGUUUGCUCGAGGUAAGAGUGGUCUUUGUGCACUCCAUAACAGUCUGGUUGAGGAUAACCGGGUUCAUGGAGGAAUGACUAUAACUUCUGGGAGCCAAGAACCGAGAGGAAGCAGCAGCAGCGAGGAAGAGUUUAGCGGUUCUCAAGACAUGAACAUCGACAUGAUGAAAGCGAGAAGUGCUGAUGGAUCUCCAGAGACUGAUAUUGAUCUCAACGAGGAUGAAGCAGGAGUGGGGUUGGCUCCAGAAGGAAGAGUCCAUGGUGGAAGUUUGAUAAUGGCGAUGUUGGCUGCUAAAGAGGGUGGCUCUGGCUCUGGCUCAAGCAACCUGCCUAAGAGGUGGAUGUAAGUUAAUAAUAUCUUCAGUUUGAUUCCAGUCUUUUAAUGCUGCACGCGUGGAGUAUGUUUGCGCACAUGGGAGUGAAGGUGUUACGAGUCUUGUGUUUGGUCUAGUUUAGGUUUGUGCUAAGUCCGUGUCUUAUUUUCAUGUAGAUAUUGAAUCAAGGUUAUUGUGAAUUGUCGAAACAUUCUCUCUUCUUCUUCCGAUGAUGAUGAUAAGAAUAAAACUGAUGUCUUUGUUUGCAAAACUGCAAA